AAAGGCCGGGCAGUGAGCGGCCGCAGCCUCUUGGUGCGAGCCGCAGCUACGCUUAAAGCGUUCUUCGUCCGCGAGUUGCAGGCUUCUGUGCUUGGCUUUACUUAGGUUCUCCUCCGUUCGCCACCGCCGCUGUCAGUAUGGCCGAAGCUGAUAUUGCACUGAUUGGAUUGGCUGUCAUGGGCCAGAACUUAAUUUUGAACAUGAAUGACCACGGCUUUGUGGUCUGUGCUUUUAACAGGACAGUCUCCAAAGUUGAUGAUUUCUUGGCCAGUGAGGCAAAGGGAACCAAAGUGGUUGGUGCUCACUCCUUGAAGGAGAUGGUCUCCAAGCUGAAGAAGCCUCGGAGGAUCAUACUUCUCGUGAAGGCUGGUCAAGCUGUUGAUGAUUUCAUUGAAAAACUGGUUCCGUUGUUGGAUGCUGGUGACAUCAUUAUCGAUGGGGGAAAUUCUGAAUACAGGGAUACCACAAGACGAUGUCGAGAUCUCAAGGCCAAGGGAAUCUUGUUUGUGGGGAGUGGAGUUAGUGGUGGAGAGGAAGGAGCCCGGCAUGGCCCAUCACUCAUGCCAGGAGGAAACAAAGAAGCUUGGCCCCACAUCAAGACAAUCUUCCAAGGCAUUGCAGCAAAAGUAGGAACUGGAGAACCCUGCUGUGACUGGGUGGGAGAUGAGGGAGCAGGACACUUUGUGAAGAUGGUACACAAUGGGAUUGAGUAUGGCGAUAUGCAGCUCAUCUGUGAAGCUUACCAUUUGAUGAAAGACGUUCUGGGCAUGGACCACAACGAGAUGGCAGAGGCAUUUGAGGAGUGGAAUAAGACAGAGCUAGACUCAUUCCUGAUUGAAAUCACAGCCAGUAUCCUCAAGUUCCGAGAUACCGAUGGCAAACACCUGCUGCCAAAGAUCAGGGACAGUGCAGGGCAGAAGGGCACUGGCAAGUGGACGGCUAUCUCAGCCCUGGAGUACGGUGUUCCUGUCACCCUUAUUGGAGAAGCUGUCUUUGCUCGAUGCUUAUCAUCGCUGAAGGAUGAAAGGAUACAAGCUAGCAAAAAGCUGAAGGGUCCGCAAAAGAUCCAGUUUGAAGGAGAUAAGAAGUCAUUCCUGGAGGACAUUCGGAAGGCCCUCUAUGCUUCCAAGAUCAUCUCUUAUGCUCAAGGCUUCAUGCUGCUACGACAGGCAGCCACCGAAUUUGGCUGGACCCUCAACUAUGGUGGCAUUGCCCUUAUGUGGAGGGGCGGUUGCAUCAUCAGAAGUGUAUUCCUAGGGAAGAUAAAGGAUGCAUUUGAUCGAAACCCAGAACUUCAGAAUCUACUGCUAGAUGACUUCUUUAAGUCUGCUGUUGAAAACUGCCAGGACUCCUGGCGGCGGGCUGUCAGUACAGGUGUCCAGACAGGCAUCCCCAUGCCCUGCUUCACCACUGCGCUUUCCUUCUAUGAUGGGUACAGACAUGAAAUGCUGCCAGCCAACCUAAUUCAGGCUCAGCGGGAUUAUUUUGGGGCUCACACCUAUGAACUCUUAGCCAAACCGGGACAGUUCAUCCACACUAAUUGGACAGGCCAUGGUGGCAGUGUGUCAUCCUCUUCAUACAAUGCCUAACUGGACUGUUUGUUACCCACCACAAUUCCAUAAACCAGGACAUUCCAUUCGCCACACAACACUGCUUACGUGGCCCUUUGCCCUACUCUCUGCUCAGUUCUUAAUAAAGUGCUGUCAGAGACUCCUCUGAAAGAGUCAAAUAGUUUAUAUGUAAAGUAGUUCUUGAGAACUAUCAUGCCCUCUGCCCUUGCCUCUUGGGGCUGUCCAGGAACUGAUCAUGUGCGUGACAGCUGUGAGGCAGCUCCUUGAAGUGGUCAUUUCCACAUGCUCUCUGUGGACUAGUGAGCCCUGUAAGUCGCCCUGGUGGGGGCAGCAGCUCUCAUCUCACAGACGGGAAGGGUUUUAGGGAAUUUGAUUAAACUGCAACCUUUGUAUCAUGCAGCUGAAUUGUCUUCCCUCUACUUAAUAAAAGCUACAUCAUAUUUAUGCUUUUUAUCCAGACUCUUCAAUAUUUUCAUGUCAAUGACACUGAGCUGUUACUAUUUCCAUUAGCAGAAAGAUUUGCAACCAGUUUUGUUAUAUUUGAAUCAAUUUGUUUCCUCCAGCCUUGUUAAAUUUUCCUCUUUGUUAAAAAAAACAUUCAGGAUAAUAUAAGAAACAUCAAAUUUAGGGUAAUGAUUAACUCUGGGAGAAAGAUGAGGAUACAGAAGGGACUCUGAUGUACCGGUUACGUUUUAUUUCCUAAGCUGAGUAAUGGGUAUGUGGAUGCCCACUGUAACAUUUUUUAUUCCUUUUUGUAUGUCAAAUAUUUCAUAAUAAACUUUUUAGAGAAUCACA